UGGUCGUCGUCUGCCAGAGAGGGAAGUCGUGCGAUCAAUACACCAGCGCCUUUGUGUGCACUCCUCUUCUCCUCUAUUUCUUAACACCUUACACAGGAAGGAGGAUGUGGCCCGGAAGGUUCCUGGCCGCUCUACUCCAGAAGGCCGGGCAUGCCAGCGCCCUGCCUCGCCCGAUGUCUCUCGCCCACAGUGCCGGGUCCGGGCAUCCUCGUACUCGGCGGUGCUUCUCGUCAACAGUUAACAGACAGUGCGAGCCGAACGAUUCGCUCAACAGAAGAGUCGAGGACUCUCACACCAGGAAGACCAUAUUCUCCGGCAUUCAGCCCACGGGAGUGUUACACCUGGGGAACUACUUUGGGGCGGUGCAGCGGUGGGUGGAGCUGCAGGAGACCGGUGAAGAAGUCAUCUUCUGUAUAGUGGAUCUUCACUCCAUCACCCUGCCUCAGGACCCCAAGACCUUACACUCUCAGAUCAUCACCAUGGCCGCGUCGCUCGUGGCCUGCGGCAUAGACCCGUCCCGGGCCGUCCUCUUCCAACAGUCUAGGGUGUCUGAACACGCCCAGUUUAAUUGGGUGCUGGGAUGUUUGACCACCAUGGCCAGGCUGGGUCACCUCCCCCAGUAUAAGGAGAAGUCCGCCUCGCUCAAGGAGAUCCCUCUGGGUCUGUAUGUGUACCCGGUGUUACAGUCGGCGGACAUAUUACUGUACCGGGCCACUCAUGUCCCCGUGGGGGAGGACCAGCGCCAGCACAUACAGUUGGCCGCUCACUUGGCCCGGGUGUUCAAUAACAAAUUUGGCCAGACGUUCGUCUUGCCUCGCUCCUUGGUGUACGACGACUCUAUAGCCCGGGUCAAGAGCCUCAGGCAGCCCGACAAGAAGAUGUCCAAGUCGGAGACGGAUCCCAAGAGCAGGAUCAACCUCGCCGACUCCCCGGACGAGAUCAGAGAAAAAUUCAAGAAGGCCGUAACGGACUUUACAUCGGCCGUGUACUUCGACGCCGAGAAUCGUCCCGGCGUGUCCAACCUGAUGUCCAUACACAGAGCAGUUACCGGCCAGAGCAUGGAGCAGAUCAGCAGAGAAUGUGAGGGUGUGAACACUGCCCAGUACAAGCUUCUGGUGGCAGAUGCUGUUAUAGAGCACCUCAGACCAAUCAGGCUGAGACUAGAGCAACUGUUGAGUGACAGAGCUCACCUUAAUCACCUGUUGGAUCUGGGAGCUGACAAAGCCAAAACCAUUGCCUCUAAAACCUGGCAAGAUGUCAGGGAGAAAGUGGGUUUAUUACACAAGUAAAUAAGUUUUAACAACAAUAACCAUACAAGUACAUGGCAAAUGGUAAGGCAAUUCAACCAAGGAUGACUUCCAAUUUUUUUCCAAGAUGUUAUUACUGCAACAGGUUAUAAAGAUCAUACAUACAUACAUACAUACAUACAUACAUACAUACAUAAUCUGUAUAUAUAAAUUAUUUGUUGAUGUAUUUCACUGAUGUUGAUAAUCAGUUAUGAGAUUUUUUAAUAAAAUUUGUUUUAUGUAGAUGGAAAAUGAUUAACCUCCCAUGAUUGUGGUUGUUGUGAGUUGGUUGUGGAUGGUUGUUGUGAUGCUGGGAGGGUGGUUUUUGACAGAUGGCUGUUGUGAGAUGGUUGUGGAUGGUUGUUGUGAUGCUGAGAGGGUGGUUUUUGACAGAUGGUUGUUGUGGAUGGUUGUUGUGAUGCUGAGAGGGUGGUUUUUGACAGAUGGCUGUUGUGAGUUGGUUGUGGAUGGUUGUUGUGAUGCUGGGAGGGUGGUUUUUGACAGAUGGCUGUUGUGAGAUGGUUGUGGAUGGUUGUUGUGAUGCUGAGAGGGUGGUUUUUGACAGAUGGUUGUUGUGGAUGGUUGUUGUGAUGCUGAGAGGGUGGUUUUUGACAGAUGGCUGUUGUGAGUU